UAGGUAAGGUUACCUAUGCUGUUUCAACAAAGGUUACCAAUGCUGUGUCCGAAUUAUCAGUGUCAGUUGUGUUCUGAAAAGAUUCAUGCGACAACAUAUUCUGUAUUCAGUCCAGUGACUGUUAGCAACAGAAGAGUAACCAGUGUACUCAUACUGGUACGAACAGAGAAUCAGAACAAGCCGCUGUGAAAAACUCUGGUCAAGAAGUAGUUAUUUUUGGAACAUAUUUUCACUUUACUAACUCAACGAAAAUUAAAGAAAAAGAGAAGAAGUUAACCUUUGAUUCCUCAAAAAUUGCCAACCUCAGGGUUUUUCAGACUCUAAUGUUUAAUGUUUAGCGUAGUUAAUAUUGAAAAAUAUUAAAGCUAAUGUUAUAUUCCAUUACCCAUGAUUGUAAUUAAAUUUACUAAGGAGUGUAUGAGAAACAUUUGUUGUUCUCUUGUUUCAAAAAGAAUGUCUUCAACUUCAAAGUGCAAAGUUGCUGUUUGUCAAUUCACUGCUACUAACGAUAAAUCAGAAAACUUAACGACUGUUCAAAAUCUUGUAAGUGAUGCAGUACGAGAAAAAGCCAGAAUGGUAUUUCUACCAGAAGCUUCAGAUUAUAUGGCAUCUGAUAAAAAUGAAUCCAAAAGUCUAUCAGAAUCUUUGGAUGGGCCUUUGAUGAAAGCUUACAAGGAAAUCGCUGCACAAAAUAAAAUAUGGUUGUCCAUUGGAGGUUUUCAUGAAAAGAUUGAUGACAAUACCAUAUAUAACAGUCACAUCAUAAUAGAUGAUGUUGGUGAGAUAAAAACAAUUUAUAGAAAAGUACAUUUGUUUGAUGUGACUAUCCCAGAAAAGAAAAUAUUUCUAAGGGAAUCUGAUAUUAAUGUAAGUGGUUCUCAAAUUUUACCCCCCAUUGACACACCUGCGGGAGCGUUAGGAUUAGCCAUAUGUUAUGAUCUAAGAUUUCCGGAACUAAGCACUUUGCAAACAAAGCUGGGAGCCAACAUUUUGACAUAUCCUUCUGCAUUUACUUCGAGUACGGGUAGAGCACAUUGGGAAGUGUUGUUAAGAGCACGGGCAAUAGAAAAUCAAUGUUAUGUUAUUGCUGCAGCUCAAUACGGAAGGCAUAACAAGAAAAGAGUGUCCUAUGGACAUGCUAUGAUUGUUGAUCCGUGGGGCAAUAUUAAGGCCGAAUGUCCGAAAUAUUCUGAAGAGAUGGAAACAAACCAAAGUAUAGCAUUUGCUGAGAUAGACUGUGAAUACAUGAACAAAAUAAGACAAGAAAUGCCUGUACAACAACACCGCCGAAAUGACCUCUACAACCUGAGUAUGGUUUUGAGUAAAAAGAAGCAUAUAGAUGACAAUGACAUAUUCAGCUUUGCCGAUAAAAAAAUUUUAGGUUCUACUGUGUUUUACCGAUCAGAUUAUUGUUACGCUUUCACAAAUAUUAGAUGCGUAGUACCAGGUCAUGUUCUUAUAGCUACAUUGAGAUCUGCCCCUAGGUUAGUCGAUUUGACCCAAGAAGAAAUUGCAGAUUUAUUCCAAACUGCUGUGGCAGUUCAAAGAAUAAUGGAAAUGGAACACAAUACUGUAUCAUCAACCAUUUGCGUUCAAGACGGGCAUUUUGCUGGCCAAACUGUCCCCCACGUUCAUGUACAUAUUUUACCAAGAAAAAAAGGAGAUUUUGAAAGAAAUGAUGACGUUUACACUCAUCUUGCGAAUCAUGACAAGGAUGAAAACCUUCAACCAGUCAGGCCUCUCGAAGAAAUGUGCAAAGAGGCUUGUAAAUUGAGGAAGUAUUUGAAUUAGUUUUGUUGGAUGUAUAUAGAGUAUGGUGAAUAAUAAAUAUUGUAAAUAUGAUAAAUAAUCAGAAUAUUUUGUAUUAGCUGAAAUUAAUUAUAAAAAGGGGUCUAUUAAUAUACUUUCAGUUUCGUCAGCCAAGUUUCAAUUGUUGAAAGUUAUUAGCUAUAGUAACUUGUUUUGGUGUACAACCCACAUAUUCACGUUUUUGUAAAUUUGAAUUCAUUUAUAAAAAAUAAGGAUUGUUCUCUAGUCUAUUUUUGCUUGUUAUUCUGAAACAUCCGAUGUUCGCCAUUGAGUAUGACAGUGUUCCAUGUAAGUGAAAUUUCACCUCCUCGAAGUAGUUCUGAUUCGCACUUUUUGAUAUGUCCAUGCAAAAUGCUGUCCUUUCAUGGGUCUCUUCAAUCUUGGGAACCGGAAGAGGUCGCAGGAGGCCAAAUCUAGUGAAUACGGUGGCUGGAGCAUGAUUACGGUGUUGUUUUUGCCAAAUAAAUUAUGAACAACAGUGACUAGUGAGAACUAUCAUUAUCGUGUUGCAAAAGCCAUGAAUUUUUUCCACAGUACCAGAUGUUUACUUUGUAUUGUUUCUCGCAAACGGCGCAUAAUUUCAAGACAAUACUCCUUAUUGACCGUUCGUCGUGUGGAAAGAAUUCCUGAUGCACUAUGCCACAGUAAUUGAAGAAAACAGUGAGAAAAAUCUUGACGACGUUUGAUUGAACUUUACAUGCUUUUUACGGUCUUGGCUCUUUCAUUGGGACGAUUGGACUUUGGUUUCGAUGUCAUAACCUCCAACUCUUUAUCAGUCAAAUAUUUCUUUGUCAUGAUUAAAUAAUUUUACAUAAAUACAUCUCAAAAAACAAUAAAAACACAACAUACACUGCCAUUUGUUUAUAUAAACAGGUCUAAAAACACACUGCUGUUGCUAGAACUAUUUUUUACUUAAUCAGUUGUAGAGCAGCUUUGCCAUCGCAGCUAAUUUCUCGCUCUAAUUGGCAUGUGCAAAAUACCUUCGCGACAUUAUAAUAAUAAUACUUUAUUUUCCAUGUAGACAAAAUACAUUGUAUAGGAAUAGUAAAUAAAAGAAAUAAAAAUAUA